AUGCAGUACGCGCCAUUUGCUUCAGAUAUAGAGCUUCCGUUCUAUACGGCUCUAGCUUCGCUGAAAAUCAACCGGGACAAACUCGAUGACUCUGCCCGCAAAGUAUUGGGGUUGUACGAACUACGUCCUGCAGACCCGCCAAAUAACUCUUGUCGGAUGCAGAUACACGGAAAUGCCUUGAUCAGCGAUGAAGUGCCGGCUGGCUACUACAGAGCCGAGGGGACCAUCAAGAAUCUCAAUACCAUUGAAGAAUAUCGGAACAUAGAUAAAUCGCAGGUUCUCCAACAGGCCGGAAAGAUGAUAUGGAAUGCAAUAGAGGAUGGCAGCAUCUACUUGUGUCCCUCCUUGUUGUCCUCCUUCAUAAUUCUAUCAUAUGCCGAUCUCAAAAAGUACAAGUUUCAUUACUGGUUUGCAUUCCCUGCACUCCACUCAGAGCCCCCUUGGACUCCUGACACAGUCACUUCCAAGGGGGUUGAAUCUCACAUCCAAACGAGAAGCGAGGCGCUGGCGUUUUUGUCCAGUGCCGAAGAUUCGACACUCUCGGAAGCCGUUCAGGCCUGGGCCCGCGGCGUUCGUGCCCAUGAACGAGGUUUUUUUCUCGCUAAGAGGUCCCGCACAUCCGGUGACAACGUUGGUCCAAACAUUGAAGGAGAUGCCAGAAAUAUCAAUAAUCCUUCCCCACGGAUAAGCGACCACAUUUGGGAGAUAGAUUCGCUGGCGGCUUAUGAAAGCGGGUUUUUUGAAGAUGCAGAUUCCGACGACUGCUUUCUUGGUUUUGUGGAUCCAUCAAACUUUGAUAAUGCGCCAGGCUGGAUGCUAAGAAAUCUGCUGGUGCUUGUGAAGCAACGAUGGGGCUUGCAAAGAGUACAAAUCCUGAGAUAUCGUGAUACCAUACGCGGAAAGGGCCGCAGUAUGAUAUUAACGAUGAAGCAGAAGGAACAGGCUCCAUUAGAGACUGCGAUCAAUGACAUGCCGAAAGUAACCGGCUGGGAGCGUAACACGGCCGGAAAGCUUACAGGGAGAUUAGUGGAUCUCACAGAAUAUCUGGACCCCAGGAGGUUGGCAGACCAGUCCGUUGAUCUCAACCUGAAACUCAUGAAAUGGCGGAUCAGCCCAGCACUUGAUCUUGAAAGGAUCAAGCAUACUAAAUGCCUUUUACUUGGGGCAGGCACUUUGGGAAGCUAUGUCGCUCGAAAUCUAAUGGCCUGGGGAGUCAGAAAGAUAACUUUUGUGGACAAUGGAAAUGUAUCAUUUUCGAAUCCGGUGAGGCAGCCACUUUUCAAUUUUUCUGACUGCCUGGAAGGGGGAGCUAGAAAAGCCCCUAGAGCUGCACAAGCAUUGUCAGAGAUAUACCCUGGGGUCGAAGCCACAGGACAUGUUCUAUCAGUGCCGAUGGCCGGCCACCCAAUUAUCGACACAGAGAAGACCCGGAAGGAAUUUGAAGUUCUCAAGGGCUUGAUCGAUGAACAUGAUGUCAUCUUUCUUCUUAUGGAUACAAGAGAAUCGCGCUGGCUCCCGACGGUCAUGGGUAAAGCAGCCUCCAAGAUCGUGAUGAAUGCAGCUCUUGGCUUUGAUUCCUUCGUCGUCAUGCGACAUGGUAUGAAGAACGAUGCGGAUCCAAGCUCGGAGCUGGGAUGCUAUUUCUGCAAUGACGUAGUCGCACCGAUGAACUCCGUAAAGGAUCAGACACUUGAUCAGCAAUGCACCGUCACUCGACCAGGUAUAGCCGCCAUAGCAUCGGCCCUCUUGGUUGAGCUCCUUGUUUCGGUUCUGCAACACCCCCAAGGUGGCGCAGCACCAGCACCAGCCUCGAAGAAUGACGACCGGGGUUCUCAUCCGCUGGGCCUUGUGCCACAUCAAAUCAGAGGAUUUCUGUCAUCGUUUGAGAACAUUCCCGUGAUAGGGAAGAGCUACAAUUGCUGCAGCGCCUGCUCAGAGAAUGUUAUUGGCGCUUACAAGGAGCAAGGUUGGGCUUUUGUACAAAAAGCUCUAAAUGAGACUGGUUAUGUGGAGGAAAUAAGCGGCCUGAAGGAGGUCCAACUGAGAGCAGAGGCAACAGCUGAUGAUAUCGAAUGGGACGAGUCCUUUGAGAAUGAGGGCGAAGAAAUCAUCUAA